AUGGGGACCAACGGCGCAAAUUUCGCGUGGACCCCGUCGGUGAGCAUGCUCUCGAUCGAGCGCGUCGCCGGUGACGAGGUUGGGUGCUCCACGCCCCGGCGAGAGUCAACCGACGCGGGUGGUGACCUGGCGGCAACUAUCCUCGGCCGCCUGUGCCUCGACCUCCCGGACGUCUUCGCGGGCGAGGUGCUCCGACGUCUGAGCGCGUGCGAUCGCACGAUGCUCGCGUGGACGUGCGGUUGCGUCAGGCGCGCGGUUCUCGCGUCGAAGCUACCGAGGUGCGGCGUGGUGAACCACUCGAGACGCGAGAGAGAUGUCGAACCGCGCGAUAUCGUCGGGUCUCGCAACCACGGCACCGAGCCUCCUUCGGGGCGACGACGCGCGGACGAGAGCCGCGUGAUGAAGUUCGACGAGCGCGACCUGCUAAACACUCCACGGCGCGUGCGCUGGGCCCACGAGCUCGGCAUGCGGCUGCACUGGAAACUGUGCGAGAGCGCGUCGUCCCGCGGACGACUCGACGUGCUGAAGGAGCUGAGAGCGUUGCGAUGCCCGUGGAACUGGAGGUCGUGCGCCGCGGCUGCGAAGGGCGGACACCUGGCGACGCUCGAGUGGCUGAAGGACAACGGAUGCCCGUUUCCGUGGGACGUCCUCGUCGCCUUCGCGGCGGAGGGCGGUCACAGGGAGGUGGUGGUAUGGUGCCGCGAGCGGGGAUGCCCGUGGGACUGCGAGACGUCCGCAUCCGCGGCUCAGGGCGGGCACCUCGAGCUGCUCAAGUGGCUGCACGCGAGCGGGUGCCCGUGGGACGGCGAGACCACGAUGUGGGCGGCACGCGCGGGUCGCAGGGAUAUCUUCGAGUGGGCGAAAGAGGCGGGAUGCCCCGGCCACGCGUGGAGCGAGCUCGUGUUUCGGGAGGAGCCCGGGCAUUUCCUCGCGUCGCCGACAACCGGAAGUACGUGA